AAUUCAACUAAAUUUCAUUUAACAGAAACCACUACACCGUAGGAAAAUUAAAAGGUGUUUUUUAUUACUCCCUUUUUUAUACAUAUCGUGUAUGGGUUUAGUUGGUAAGGCAAUGUCGAGCCAAAGCCUCGAGUUGACCAAGAAUAAGGGAAAACAAAAGAGGCAGGUGAAGUUCGAAAUGGGAGACGAGUUGGUCCGAAGUGACGACCAAAUCGGAGACGGAUUGGUGGCCAAAAAAAGCUAUCUUUCGAAGCCCCGAGACCCCGAUCCUUUCCACAAAGUCUCGCCUGCAAAGGGAACAGAAAAGGAUGUCGAGAAUUACAGGGAGCUCCAUAAGGUCUUCCAGAAGCUGGACAUGGCCGACCAGAUCAUACUCUACCGAGCCUACUCCCUCCUGCCUGCUGCCUGCAUGGCCCUCUGGCGGAGCACACGAAAACGACUGGACUUCCGCACACUCCACAAGGAACUCGACUUGGAGGCUCGGAACCACCUGCUCAUCCACAUGAUGGGCCACUUUAAGUACGUCUACUUUGUCGCCGACGAACUGCAGGAAAACCUCAAUACCCUAGAGCGAGCGGGAGUCAAGUCGCUGAAUUCCGUGCAACGCUGCGAACUGCUGGUUAGGGACGAAAAGGCCGGAGUGAGGGACAGGACCAGUGACCACUCCGCAGGAGGAGAUUCCGCUGGAGGGAAGGCAAUGGCCCAGUGGCCUCUGCACGCUCUCCCCAAACUAAUGCGAAAUGUGCGCCGUUUAAAGGUCCACUGCGACAUCCAGGUGCACUUCGUCGAGCUCUUCCAGCACUUGGAGCUCCUUGUGCUAUAUGGUUCCAUCUCACAGACUGCUCUCACAGGGAUCCUUGAGCGGUGCGAAAAACUGUCCAGGUUGUUUCUCAAAUUCGAUUACGACUCACUGAGCCUAAAGUCCAUCGAAAAGUGCAGCAAGCUGAGGGACUUCUCACUGCCCACUAGGUUGUUUGCCCGUCAAAAGGAUCUUGUAAUGAAACUAACCGAUCUUCGCCUGUUGGAGUUGACCCACUGCCAAAAUGACAGCCAGCAAACACUAGAGUGCCUCGAGUGUGUUCUAGGGCAACGGCCCGAGUCUGUGGACCUCAUCCAGCUGGAGUGCAAGGGCUUCGAGGAUCCCAAAUGGAUAGAGCAGGUGGGUCUGGAUCGAUGUACCCGCUUACGAGGGCUGGUCCUGGCCAACUGUAACCUCUGCGAUCGCGAGGUCAGUCAGCUGUCCUUUCCAAGAGUUCAGAAAUACAUCGCUCUCAGCAGCUGUCAUGACAUCAAGGAGUACCAGGUGUUGGAUAUGGUGCGACAGUGUCCUGGUCUCAACGAACUCUAUCUGAUAGACUGUCCGCAGCUGAGCUGGAAGGUCCUGCAGGGGAUCUACCGAAUCCGAAAGAGCGAAAAUCUCAACUAUCCCAUCACCGUUGUCCUCGGCCAGUGCACGGAACUCCUGGAGGUCUAUCAGACCAUGUACUCCAACUACUGGUGCUUCAAGCUGCCCUACCUCAAGAUCGAACGCGUUCAAAAGCAAAGUAGACCCAUAGAGGAUGUACAGGUUUUUUUCAACAUUAACAAACAGGAUUCGUCAUAGUAAGAUAAUGCUAUAGAAUAUAUAUAUUGUUAAGUUUUCGGAAAAAUAAAAUGCAAACUAACAAAA